AUGAAUUGUAACACGCGCGUGGUGCAAGUGACCAAUGUGUCUCCGAGCACAACCUCCGAACAAAUGCGGACUUUGUUCGGGUUUCUGGGGUCCAUAGAGGAGCUGCAUCUGUUUCCCCCGGAUGACUCUCACAUGCCUGUGACUUCCCGUGUCUGUUUUGUAAAGUUCCUUGAGCCGGAGUCUGUGGGAGUGUCCCAGCACCUGACCAACACAGUCUUUGUGGACAGAGCUCUCAUUGUGGUCCCUUUUGCAGAAGGAGUGAUUCCUGAUGAGUCUAAAGCUAUGUCGCUGCUUGCUCCGGCCAAUGCUGUGGCAGGGAUGAUGCCCGGAGGAGGACUUCUCCCAACACCUAAUCCUUUAAUGGGGGCUUCACCAUUUGGUCUUGGAGCGCCGACCCUUGAACAAAUGGCUGCUAUGGGAAUGCAUGGUCCUCAGGCUCUGGGUGCUGACUUCCUCAAGCUCAUGCAGUCAAUUGACCCAAAGUUUAAUCCAUUAGCUGCGGGGCUUGGCUUGAGUGCGGGCCUAAAGGCGGACGCCUCCAGUAAGGAAAUUGAAGAAGCGAUGAAGAGGGUGCGAGAGGCCCAGUCUUUGAUAUCUGCUGUCAUUGAACCAGGAAGCAAGAAAGAUGACAAGCGGAGGCAUUCCCGCUCUCGUUCUCGGUCACGCCGCACAAGCUCCAGAUCAAGACACAGGCGGUCCAGGAGUAGGUCACGACGCAGGACUCCUUCAAGGAGCAGAAAGUCCAAAAGUCCGCGACGCCGAAAGUCCCGCUCACGAGACCGAAGCCGCCGAAGCCGCUCCAGGGACAGAAGGAAAGAUGAGAAGUCAAAGAAGAGAUCCAAAACUCCCCCUAAAAGCUACAGCAGUGCUAGAAGGUCGCGAAGUAUUAGUCGAAGGCACAGACGGAGCCGCAGUGCAUCUCGCUCUCCUCGUAAAAAGCCUUCCCCUUCUCCCAGACGCCAUAAAAAGGAAAAGAAAAAGGACAAGGGGCGUGAAAAAGAGCGCGACAAGAGAGAGGAGCGGAGUCGUGACGAGAGGGAGCGCUCCAACAGCAAAAAGAAGAAAAGUAAAGAUAAGGAACAAGAAAGAGAACACGAACGCGAUCGAGAGCACAAGUCUGACAGUGAGAAAGGAGAUGUAAAGGUGACCAGGGAUUAUGAUGAAGAAGAACAAGGUUACGACAGUGACAGACGAGCAGAGGAAGAGGAUGAGAGAAAGAGCGAGUCUGACACCAACUCCUCCCCCAAAGGCCCGAGUGACCUCAGCACUGAUGCCUCUAAAAAGUCCAAAUUAAACGGCGACCAGCAGGAGGACAUGGUGAUGAGCGACUGA